GACGUUAUCUGCAGUCACGAGGUUCCUACAGCGAACGGUCGUGGCUCCCCCUGGGCUGCCCUUGUGCGAGUUCAUCGAAAGCAGUGUGUCUUCUGCAGUCGUCGUCACCAUGUCUGAUCGCAGAGAGCGUCAAGCUCUGCACCGACUGUGCGACUCGGUGGACGGUGCCAACUGGCGCCCGACGCUGUUCGUGGACGAGCUGACGUUGAGUCGCUAUGCCUGCUGCGUGUGCCACGUCGUUCCGAGCAUCACGGUAGUGUUGCCCUGCUCGCACGCCCUGUGCGAGCAGUGUGUGAUGGGGUGCGUCGACGAAAAUGGCGGAAGCGUCUGCCCUCUGGACGCCGAGCCCUUCUGCGAAGACGAGUGCCAGAGGUCGCAGCUUCCUCCCAGGAAGAAGCAGCACCUGAAGGCUCACUGCUGGAAUGAGGCUGAUGGCUGCCACUUUGUAGGCACCCCCGAGGCCGUACUUUCGCACUACGACGGAGAAUGCGCCUUCCACACCGUCCAGUGUCGACGCUGCGAACGAAGGAUACUGCGCACAGUCAUUGCAGCACACUAUGUUGCCGGGACAUCAGCCAUGCAGUCAGUGGCUUCGAGAUUACUCUUCAACGUGGAAUGGAAAGUGCCGAGACGAACACCUGCACGAUGGUCACUCAACAACUGA